UGUUUCCUGUGGUUCUGUUAAGGAAUUUGAAGAAUCCCUUUUUCGUCAUGGUGAUUUUGGCCCUGAUCAACCUCUCUGCCAUGAUUGCGGGCCUCGCGACCUUCCUGGGGAAAUUCCUGGAGUGGCAGUUUACGCUGACAGCCUCGUUCGCCAACAUGCUCAUAGGUACCAUCAACCUCCCAACAGCCAUGAUGGGCAUCCUCCUGGGCGGCAUCAUCAUGAAGAAGUUCCACCUGUCCCUCAAACAGAGCAGCCUCUUCUGUGUUGUAGGCAUGGGCAUGUGUCUCGUCUUUCAGUUCCCUGCCUUUUUCCUGGGCUGCCCCACACAAGCUGUUGCGGGCCUGGAUGUCUCCGGAAGUUCUGGAGGAGUCCAGCUGUCCAGUUGCAACCAAUUGUGCAAUUGCUCCACCACUGCCUUUAACCCGAUCUGUGGCGAAGAUAGAGUGGAAUAUGUCUCCCAUUGCAGCAGCGGCUGCUCGAAAAGCUAAAUUAUGUAAUCGCGACAAGAAGGAAAGUCUCGAAUUACACCAACUGUAGUUGCAUCGUUGUCAACGGAGCUUUGGGAUCCGCUGUCCCGGGGACGUGCGGUACCAGGUGUUCCCGGCUACUGGCUCCUUUUGUGGUGGUCUCUUGCAUAGCAGGGUUCCUGGCAAGCCUCACGCACACGCCGUCCUUCAUGCUCAUCCUCAGGUAGAGGUGGGAGGAUACCUGAUAGGUGUUUUGGAGGAUUUGCAUUCCUUUGCAGGGGGACUGAGAGGGACCACGUUUUUGGGAUCUGACGAGUCUGA